AUGGCUGACAACGCUUCUUCAAACUCGACUAACUGCACACAUGGCAACACGAUAGAGCGGUACAUGUACCCGACGGCUUACUCGAUAUUCUUCAUCAUUGGAUUUCCGGCGAACUGUUUGUCUCUGUACGUGGCCUGUGUUCUGAUGAAGAAAGGCAAUAAUUUGGCGGUUUAUCUGAUUAACUUGUGUGUCGGAGAUCUCCUGUAUAUCCUAACUCUGCCCGUCUGGAUUAUGAUGGCAUUCGGGCAGGCGGUGAGUGACAGUCUGUGCAGUGUGAUUGCGGUGGUCAUGUUCAACAGCUUCUACGUGGGCUCCGGGUUUCUGUGCUGCAUCUCGACGGAUCGAUAUUUAGCCAUAGUGUUCCCGCUGCAUUUCGUACGGGUGCGAGAGGUCAGAACCGCUGUGAUGGUGAGCGUCAUCGUGUGGCUGGUGGAGAUUACGGUUCAUCUCGGUCUUCUGGAGUACUCAUACGAGAUCAGGAACUUUUCUCUCAGUCGAAUGUGCGAGGAGCCAGGGAUAAUGACCAAAGCUGCUGCCAACAUGGCCAUCACACGAGCCGUCCUGGGGUUUCUCGUUCCUGUGCUCAUCAUGACCUUCUGCUUCAUGGAGAUCAUCAGGGCGCUGAAUAAAAGCACAUCUACUGUGGUCAGCGAACGGAGAAAGAUCUGCUUUCUACUUCUGUGUCUUCUGUUCACCUACUUGGUGGCUUUUACCCCGUUUCAGGUGGUGAUGUUCAUCAGGGGACUAUUGGAGCCCGGAGACUGCGGCGUUGCGCAAAACCUGAGAGGGGUUUACAUGGUGUUUGUGGCCACCACCACAAUAAACAGUGUUUUAGAUCCCAUCAUUUAUUGUCUCAUAAGUGAAAGUGCCAAAACUGAAAUGAAAAGCCUUUUUAAGUGCUGUGGGAAACAAUUCAGCAAGAUUUAUUCAUCUGUGGUGAAAGCCUGA